GCGCUAACGUUUUGAACAUUACGUUGCCGCGAACACGAAUUUGAACUUCAGUCAAGUGUCAAAGCUCAAAGGAUUAACAUGUCCUGCGGCAGGGCAAGUGUGGCACACAGUUGAUAGUGAAAACCAGACUGGUGUAAUAGUGUUACAAGCUCAAGCUGCAAAUUUAAAAAAAAGGAAAAGGAUAAAGACAUAUUUCAAAAUCGAACAAAACUAGGCAAAGAAUUCCACACAAAAAAGAAAACAUCGCCAGCGAUAGGUCGAAAGAAAGUGGAACAGAGGAAACGAUAAAGAAAGGGCGAACAGAGAGUGCCAAUUAGUGGAAAUAUUCAAAAUGGCGCCCCAACAACAGAACUCAACGUUCAUCGAUGAUGAUAAUCUUGACACCUGUCCGUCGCUAUUGAAUUUGCCCGAAAGCCCCAUAUUGCCAACCAAACAUCAACAACGCGGCCAAAAUCAAGACAGCAAGAACAACCACUACAACAACAAAAAGAAGAACAAGGCACAUUUGUAUAAUAAGCAAGCGGAAAAUGCGUAUGAAGAACGACUGGUGGAUGGGAACGUGAAAAUGAACGUGCAACAACAAACGCCAUUGGCACGUUCAUGCAAAUAUAAACAUGGCACUGCUAACGGAAGUAGCCAUACGGCUGCCACAACCGCAGCCGCUGCUCGUCGCCAUCGUUCCAUUUCCCUGUAUGGCGUUAAUAGCACUGUGGAGCAAGGCCAUAAGGAAAUACCCAUUUGGCUGGACGAUGAGGAACCGCGUUAUGUAUCGGGUGUAACAAAUAAAACCACAUGCAAUGACAUAAUCAAGGCGCUGAUUGACGAUGAGCUCCGUAAUGGCAAUGCGCAUAUUUACUGCAACAACUACAAUAGCAACAACAAUAAUAAAAAUGAUGGCGGCCAUGGCUUUGACGCAGCAUCGCGUGACUACGACGAUUACGUUAUAACGGAAAGUUGGCGCGGCAUCGAGCGCAGCUACGAUGGCAACAUGGCCAUUUUGCCCGUUUGGCGCGCAUGGAGUCGUGUGCACAAUGAGAUACGCCUAUCACUCAAGCAGCGCCGACAACUCCACGGCCCACUGCCUAUGAGACUGGUGGAGGAGAAGCACAAGCCGUCCGCCACAAACUUCUCAAUGUUCCAAUGGUUGAAGAAACUAUUUCGUCUCUCCAAAACUGCCAAAAAGGCCAAUCUUCCAAGUAAACCAAUUGCCAAAGUGCCGCAAAAAAUAUUUCAACAUGAGAGUUGUGUGAAGCCUAUGGCUGUCCUACAGCCCGAUCAGCUAUAUAAGGAGAAACAGGAACGAGUCCAGGCACUUACCCCUAACCCAAGCAGCAAGACCCAACUCUAUAAAUUAGCUGAAACCCGUGCCACUGUGCGUCGACGUCGUCGGCAUCGCCGCGAGCAAAUGCGUUCGACUCAUGCACCUGUCAUCAGCAACUGCAACAAAAACAACCACAAUAACAUCAGCAACAGGGACCUAAAUUGCAUAAGACGGCGCCGCAAGGAUGCGCCACUGAGGAGCAGCGUUCGCAACAAGCUGGCCGCGAUGCAUGCUGAGAUAAAUGCCCGCUAUGAGCGCGAAUACACCCUAACCCGACAGCUGUCGCAGAAGUGCAAAUUGUUCCGACUCCAGAACGAACGGUAUACAACCAAAGAGAUGGAGGAGUCGGUGGGUCAACUGCAACGCAAUAUUGAAGCCUAUGCUGAGGAUAUUGUGAAGACAGAGCAUGAGCUGCUCGAGCUAAAGAAUGAAAUUAAACAGGACAUUUCAAUGUUGAAUAACCUGAAACGCAUGACGCUCGACGAAACAACAGAUGUAAAGGGCGUCGUUAAAACGGACCCUGAUGAUAAGGCGACCACCAAACAGAAGCCUAUUACUCAAGCUGCUAAAAUAAAUGAUAUGCAAUUCGUUGAUAACAUUUAUGAGUUUUGCGACAAUAAUGCAAGCAUGUUAGUUUAGUUGUAAUCAAGUUUGUUACGUUUUUAUACAAAUAAAUACAAUUUUUUAUAUGGUCCA